GACAUGGAGAUGAGAAAUCAAACCAGUGACACAGAAUUCAUUCUCCUAGGGUUCCCCGUAGCUCCUCAUCUGCAGCUCCUCUUCUUCAUGAGCUUUCUCAUUGCCUACACCUUAGUAGUGCUAGAAAAUGUCAUCAUCAUCAUGACGAUCCACGUGAACUGUCACCUCCACUGUCCCAUGUACUUCUUCCUGAGUAACCUGUCCUUCCUGGAAAUCUGAUACGUCACAGUCACCGUGCCCAAGACUAUGGUCAACUUCGUGUCGGGGAGCAAACACAUUUCCUUCAGAGGCUGUAUGACGCAGCUCUAUUUCUUCCUCGGCUUGGGGAACACUGAGUGCAUCCUCCUGGCCGUCGUGGCCUAUGACCGGUAUGUUGCCAUCUGCAACCCACUUCGUUACCUGGCCAUUGUGAGCCAGGCUCUAUGUAUCCGCAUGGCAGCUGGGUCCUGGCUCUGCGGCUUCUUCAUCUCUGCAUGGAAGGUGUUUCUUAUAUCUCAACUGACGUACUGUGGUCCCAAUGUCAUCAACCAUUUCUUCUGUGAUGUGUCCCCUCUCUUGAACUUAGCCUGCACAGACAUGACCCAGGCAGCACUGGCAGAUUUUGUUGCUGCCCUGUUUAUCCUGCUGAUUCCCCUCUCUGUAAUAAUCCUUUCCUAUGCUUGUAUCUUCUCCACCAUUCUCCACAUCCCCUCCACACGGGGCCACCAGAAAGCAUUCUCCACUUGCGCAUCACACCUCAUUCUGGUCGUUAUCUUCUAUGUAGUCAGCAUUUUCAUCUACAUCCGGCCCCAGGGCCUUCCAUCCCACAACACCAACAAAAUUGUUUCUGCUCUCUAUGCCAUUGUUGUCCCACUCUUCAACCCCAUCAUCUACUGUCUGAGGAACAAGGAGGUCAAAGAGGCCCCGAAGAAGACUUUGAUCAGAAAAGGAGUUCCACUGCAGAAACAUCAGUACACUUAG